AUGUCUCCCUACGCCCCAGGAACCAAAAACACCAUCCCAGCGCGCUCCUCCGCCGCCGCUCCUCUCAAAGCAGGCCAAUCCAUCACAGUGAUCAACACCCACGGCACCCAAGUCAUCGACUUCUGGGCCUUCACGCUCCCCACCACCGGCUCAAAGACCCUCCCAACAUGGCUAUCCAUGUGCCACACCCGCGCAUCAACAGUUCAUCUUUCCCCCCUGCCCGGCGACACUCUAAUCACCAACGACCGCUCACCAAUCCUGACUCUCAUGCACGACACCACGCCCGGCGUGCACGACACCCUAAUGGCAGCAUGUGAUAAAGCACGGUACCUCCAACUGGGUUGUCCCGAGGAGCCAAAUCAUGGCAGUUGCACUGAAAACCUGCACAUCGCGGUCGAGCGGGACACACCGUACGCUCUGCCCGAGUAUAUGACGGCGCCGGAUCCGCUCAACCUGUUCAUGAACAUUCCUGUUGUUCCUCUUCCCGAGGGUAAAGGUCGGGCUCCUAACAAUGUCUCUGCGGGCGCUGAGCUGCGGUUCGAAAGUCCAGUUUGCGAAGAAGGGGGGAGCGUCACGCUCAAGGCGCUGGUCGACUGUGUGGCUGUCAUGAGCGCUUGUCCCCAGGAUAUCCUCAAGGUGAACAACAACAACCCUACGGAGGCUCAUUUCAUAGUUGAAUAA